GUGACUUCCGGUCACAUGACCGCGCCGAGGCGUCACGUGACUCCUCGCCCCGCCUCCCCCGCCUGGCUGCCAGGCAAGCUAGUGGACGUUAGCUCGCUAGCUUGGCCGCCCCGGAAGCACGCAGACAUGGCGGACACACCCAGCCUCAGCCUCAGCCUCCCUGCGGACCAACACAGCGACUUCCAGGAGCUGGAGGACGCCGAGGACCUGUUCCCGGAGCUGGCGGGCCCUCGGGAGGCAGACCCGGCCCGUCUGGACAUCAGCACCAAGAGCAACGGGCCCAAACAGGACUUCUUCUUUGACGACGACGCAGAUGACCUGUUUGCAGAGGCCACAGAGGAAGUGUCCCUGGACAGUCCAGAGAGGGAAGUCCUGCUGUCUGACGGCCCCUCCCCCGCCAUCACCCCCAUCACGCCGCCAUGCUCCGUCAUCACUCCUCUCAUCGGCCACGCCCAUGACGACAUGUUUACACACUCUUCCUUUGACGAGCAGGUGGAGGUGGAGGGUGGAGGUGAGGUGCACAUCAGUGUGUCAGACCCUGAGAAAGUGGGUGACGGCAUGAACGCCUACAUGGCCUACAAGGUCACCACCAAGACGUCCUCGUCUCUUUUCAGACUGGGCGAGUUCUCGGUCCGGCGGCGUUUCAGCGACUUCCUGGGCCUGCACAGCAAGCUGGCGUCCAAGUACCUCCACGUGGGCUGCAUCGUGCCACCGGCGCCGGAGAAGAGCAUCGUGGGGAUGACCAAGGUGAAGGUGGGCAAGGAGGACCAGUCGUCCAACGACUUCGUGGAGAAGCGGCGCUUGGCGUUGGAGAGGUACCUGAUGAGGACGGCACAGCACCCUGUCCUCCUCAAGGACCCGGACCUCCUGCAGUUCCUGGAAAGUUGUGAGCUGCCACGCGCCGUCAGCACGCAGGCACUCAGCGGCGCCGGCCUCCUCCGAAUGGUCAACAAAGCUGCCGACGCCGUCAACAAGAUGACCAUCAAGAUGAACGAGUCGGACGCCUGGUUUGAGGAGAAGCAGCAACAUUUUGAGAAUCUGGACGUCCAGCUGAGGAAACUUCACGCCAGCGUGGAGUCGCUGGUGUGUCACAGGAAAGAGUUGUCACUCAACACGGCGCAGUUCGCCAAGUCGACGGCCAUGUUGGGCAACAGCGAGGACCACACGGCGCUGUCCCGCGCUCUGUCGCAGCUGGCGGAGGUGGAGGAGAAGAUGGAGCAGCAGCACCACCAGCAGGCCCACGCCGACUUCUACUUCCUGUCUGAGCUGCUGGGCGACUACGUGCGCCUGCUCGCCGCCGUCAAGGGCGUGUUUGAGCAGCGUGUGAAGACCUGGCAGAGGUGGCAGGACAACCAAGUCCUCCUGCAGAAGAAGAGAGAGGCCCAAGUCAAACUGCACUUCUCCAACAAAGUGCAGCAGGCCAAAGACGACAUCAAAGAGUUGGAGGUGAAAGUCCAACAGGGCGAGCGAGACUUUGAGAAGAUUUCUGGAAGUAUUCGCCGAGAAGUGGGACGCUUUGAGAGGGAACGUGUCAACGACUUCAAGAAGUUCUUCAUCAAGUACUUGGAGGUCCUCGUGAGUACACAACAACAGGUCAUCAAAUACUGGGAGGCCUUCUUACCAGAAGCCAAGGCCAUCUCUUAAACACAGCGACCCACAAUGCACCUGGGCACUUCAGCACUUCCUGUCGGCCUCUUCUUCCUGCUCACAAGAUGGCCGCCCUUUGAUUCCUGUCACCUGACCAAGGUGGAGAAGGCCCCGCCCACUGAUGACAUCAUUGUAAAGCUAGCAUGCUAGCCCACUUGGAGAAUGCUAACUAGCGAGCGUUAGAAUCAUUGCUGCUAGCAUGACAUGCUAACACUCUGUUAGCUCUUCUUUUACUUUUUCUACUUUUAGUUUUACUUUAAGUUUUACUUUUAGUUCUACUUUUAGUUCUACUUUUAGUUUUACUUUUAGUUCCACUUUUAGUUUUACUUUUAGUUUUACUUUUAGUUGUACUUUUAGUUUUACUUUUAGUUCUACUUUUAGUUCUACUUUUAGUUUUACUUUUAG